CUAAUAAGAACAAAUUCGACUGUCAUCCCGGAAGCGUAAACAAUCCCUGUUUCCCUUGAUAUUCCCCGUGAUAAGAAUGUCCCAGGAUAUUGAAGAGGUCUCUAAUGAUAGUGUGCAAAUGCGGGAAGUGGAGGUGGUGGUGAAGAGACUGCCGAAAUGGAUAAAAUUGAAUGUGGGCGGAAAGAUUUUCAUGACGAGCCUCUCGACGCUGACUAAAGAACCAGGAAUGUUGGCUAGGAUGUUCUCUACGGAUGGCACGAUGGACCCUAGUGACACGGAUGACCAGGGCGCCUAUCUUAUUGACAGGAGUCCGCAGUAUUUUGAGCCCAUCGUGAACUACUUGCGGAGCGGACAGUUGAUUUAUGACACAAACGUAAAUCCUCAGGGAAUUCUGGAAGAGGCGCGCUUCUUCGGCGUUGAGAGUUUAAUUCCCCAACUCGAAGAUACUGUGAGGCGGCAUCACACAGCCACAGACGCUCCACUGACUCGACGGGAUGUCGUCACGGCAAUAAUUCAGACAUGCAAUCUCUCAGAGUUGCGAUUCCAGGGCAUCAAUUUGUCAGGAGCUGAUCUGCGGCGUCUUGACUUGAGGAAGGUAAACUUUAAGUAUGCAUGUCUGUCGCGGUGCAACCUGUCGUACGCCAACCUGACGAAUUGCUGCCUGGAGAGAUGUGAUCUCUCGCACGCUGACAUCUCCUACGCUCAGAUGAUCUCGCUGAAGGCGCUCUGCGCCAACAUGGAGGGCGCCAAUCUGCAGGAGUGCAACUUUGAGGACCCCACGGGCAGCAGGAGCAACCUGGAGGGCGUGAACCUCAAGGGCGCCUGUCUAGAGGGCAGCAACAUGGCCGGAGUCAACCUCCGAGUGGCGAAUCUGAAGAACGCUAACAUGAAAAAUUGCAAUCUCCGGGCAGCAAUCCUCGCUGGCGCUGAUCUGGAGAAGUGCAAUCUUUCUGGGAGUGACCUUCAAGAAGCUAAUCUUCGAGGUGCUAAUUUCAAAGAUGCUCAACUCGAAUUGAUGCUCACGCCGCUUCACAUGUCUCAAGCGAUUCGCUAAUUCCAGAGAAACGCCCACAGUAUUCCCGAUAUUUAACGCUU